AUGAGAUUGAGUGAAAAAAGGCUGAUCAGAGACCAGGACCUCGGAACCUCACUGCUCCCAGCAGCACCUCAGGAACAGUGGAGACACCUGGAUUCUACUCAAAAGGAGCAAUACUGGGAUCUCAUGCUGGAGACCUAUGGGAAAAUGGUCUCAGGAGCAGGCAUUUCCCAUUCCAAACCUGACCUGACUAAUUCAAUAGAAUAUGGGGAAGAGCUGGCAGGACUGUACCUUCAUGUCAAUGAGAAGAUCCCAAGACCCAGCUGCAUAGGAGAUAGACAAGAGAAUGACAAGGAGAACCUAAACUUGGAAAAUCACAGAGACCAGGAGCUUCUGCAUGCUUCCUGUCAAGCCUCAGGAGAGGUACCUUCUCAGGUUUCCUUGAGGGGCUUCUUUAGUGAGGAUGAGCCAGGAUGCUUUGAAGAAGGAGAGAAUCUCCCUGAGGCUCUGCAAAACAUUCAGGAUGAGGGAACAGGGGAACAACUCCCUCAAGAAAGGAUUUCUGAGAAACCACUCGGUCAGCAUUUGCCUAAUCCUCAUUCAGGAGAAGUGUCCACUAUGUGGCUUGAGGAGAAGAGAGAGACCUCCCAGAGGGGGCAGCCAAGAGCCCCCAUGGCCCAGAAGCUCCCCACCUGUAGGGAAUGUGGGAAGACCUUUUAUAGGAAUUCUCAGCUUGUUUUUCACCAAAGAACUCACACUGGAGAGACAUACUUUCAGUGCACCAUCUGCAAAAAAGCCUUUCUGCGAAGUUCAGACUUUGUGAAGCAUCAGAGAACUCACACAGGAGAGAAGCCCUGUAAAUGUGAUUACUGUGGGAAAGGCUUUAGUGACUUCUCAGGAUUGCGCCACCAUGAGAAGAUCCACACAGGAGAGAAACCCUAUAAAUGUCCCAUCUGUGAGAAAAGUUUCAUUCAAAGAUCAAACUUUAAUAGACAUCAGAGGGUUCACACAGGAGAGAAACCUUAUAAGUGUUCCCAUUGUGGUAAAAGUUUCAGCUGGAGCUCGAGUCUUGACAAACAUCAAAGAUCCCACCUAGGAAAGAAGCCCUUUCAAUAGCCGGUCACCACACACUGUCUGCCCAUUUCCAUCUCCCAGCCCAUUAAAAAAAAACUCAGCUCUGUCAAGAAGAAUUAUGUCUCUAAGAGGAUACCCCUGAUGGCUCCUUUUUUCAUGGAUUGGAAAGAAUCUGGACAUGGCUUUGGAAUUGGAGGAUAUCUUGGAUUGGAUUUCGUAAUGGCUUAAAUUCUUGAUUCUGCCUCAGGACAAAAUACUCUUCAUGUUUCCACUCAUCCUUCCUUUGGACUUAUUGGGGAAAAAGUCUAAAUUGGAGAUCCAGUUUUAGAAGUGCUUUCUGGGAGGCAUUUAAUGGGAUUAGCUGUAAUCACUGCUUAGGGGAAGAACCUGAGAUCAGCCCCUUAAAGUGGGUUGUAGAGCAAGUCUUCUGUUCCAGGAGAGAAGGGGAGACACAUAGAGGAGCGGUGAGCUCACGUGUGUUCUUUGUGAUGGGAUGAAAAACUAACUUCAAGUGUUCCUUGUUUGAAAUAAACUUAGCAGAGUCUCUUCCUA